AUGGACUACUCCUACUCGGCCGCGACCUCGACUUCGGGUGCCCCAGUGCUGCCCCCUAUCCCCCGGCAGCCUCACCACUCGUCGCGGCAGAAGUCACUGCGAGUCGACGUCCACCGCAGCGAAGACGGCAGCCGGCCCUUCACCCCCUCAUCGCCCGAGGUCAUAUCUUCCCUGAUCACCAGCCUGUCGGUCAUCUCCAAGCCGGCCAGCUCCCUGUUCGACAACCAGACCCUCUCGCUGCCCACGUCCCCGAGGGAGGGCAGCUUUGGUGUCGACUACGGCGCAUUCUCCUCGCCGUCGCUCGGCAGAUUGGAGGAGGAGAGCGUGUCACUGGACGAAUUGGCCGCCAGUCCCCCCAUCAUCCGAACGGCGCCUCCCCCUUCCGGCUUGUCGCCAUUGACGGCCCCCAAGUCCCCUCGAUCCCCGCAUCGCGAAGUCAGCGCCGGCUUGAAGUCGCUGUUGCGAUCCUCGCGACCGUCCUCCCGAGGCUCCGCUUCCUCGUCGCAUGAUGAUUCACGGAGCAUCGGCAACCUCUCGAUCGAACGUGGAGCACCACAGACGCCCGAGCUGCACCGCCAGCAAUCGCAAGACAGCUGGGGGAGAAAGUCGGGCCGCAAUUCCAAGGGGCUCAUGUACAUGAGCUCAAAGGAGAGGCUGCGAGCUUCAGACGCCGAGCGCAAGCGUGCCGGCGGUGGCUCUUCGAGCAGCAAUCCCAACGGGUCAAACGGAGCGUCGUCGUCACGGCCAGACGCAUCAUUGGUUGAAACACCCAUCCGCGAGGAACCAUACUACCUCGACCCAACAGACCAGGAGGGCAUGCCUGAACGUAGCCCGUCCACUGAACCGGGGUUUCAGAGGCCCAUUCCGACGCGUGAGUCGUCUCUACGCAAGACGGGCUCGAAUGCGAGAAGGUCGUCUAGAUCUACAAGAACAAAGCGUGACAGUGACAACGGCGUCAACAACAGUAUCCCAGAGAACGAAGAGCACGACCGGUCACGAGAUUUGUCCGCUUCUAAGCGGCGACCUCUGGCCCGCCAGAGCUCGGAGGCUGAUACUACCAAGAGGAGCGAAGAUAUAUUGCGGGCAGACAUGCACGAGUCGGCGAGGCCAGGCGCCUCCCUGAGCAGGCGGCACUCCCACAAUGCCACAGUUGGGAAUGAUAAGAAAGCAGCGGUACAAGACGCCGUUGAUGAUGGAGCGCCAUUUCCUUCCGUCUAUUCAAGCAGGCGGCGUAGUGCGCGCAGCAGUGAGAGGAGGACCUCAGGCCGCACCACGCCGGAGCCCGGGGAUGCUCUCAAGAUGAAGCGCAGCAGCUCGCGACUGAAGCGACUGUCGGCGCCGAGAGGCUCGGAAGAGGAUGCCAAAGCGCCAGGACCUGAAACUCAGGUGUCCUACGAACGACCACCUAGUGCUGACUCUGUCGAUGAUGCUGUUGAAUCGUAUCUAUGUUCUCCUCGACUUUCACAGAAAAUCAAGCACCCACAGACGGGUAGGGUGAUUUCGUUCUCCGAAGUUGGCGACUCGGAAGGGUCAGCAGUCUUCUGUUGCGUAGGCAUGGGAUUGACGAGAUAUAUCAUGGCCUUCUAUGAUGAGCUUGCCUUGACGCUCAAGUUGCGGCUCAUUACCCCUGAUCGCCCUGGUGUGGGCGACAGCGAGCCCUACACAGACGGAACAGCGACUCCGCUCAGCUGGCCCGACGACGUGUACGCAAUAUGCCAAGCGUUGAAAAUCACCAAAUUCUCCAUUCUAGCGCACUCAGCCGGUGCCAUCUACGCCCUUGCAACAGCGCUUCGUAUGCCACAACACAUCCGAGGACGCAUCCAUUUAUUGGCGCCGUGGAUACCUCCAUCACAGAUGAACGUCUUUGGUACAUCGCACGUCUCGCCUCCUACCAACGCAAUUCCCACUUCUCAGCGAAUUCUCCGGGCACUCCCCACCCCUUUUCUUAAAGCUGCCAACAGUUCCUUCAUGACUGCAACGAGCAGCUCCAUCACAAGUUCCCUCCCGAAACAACGCCGGAGCAAGCGAAAGUCUACUGCCACCGUGGCGGGGCGCCGUGAUGCCACCCCCGGCCUCGAAAAGGAAAACAUGGCUCAGGACCCGAUGGACGAUGACACCAAGGCGCCACCCAUGGUCACCGAGAACAUGGAUCAGAUCCGACCACGAGACUCAGAAUUCAGCUCUUCGCAGAAUGCCGUCCUCAACGCAGCAUCGGAUGCCAUGGCCGACCAAGAGCGCCAGCUGACCUACGAUACCCGCCUCACCUAUGCCAUUUGGGACCUGGCGACAACCGGUGCCAAUCCCGCAGUGGAUCUUCUCGUCUGUCUAGAGCGUCGUCAUACGAUCGGCUUCCGCUACGUUGACAUCACGCGGCCUGUAGUGAUCCAUCACGGCAGCAGGGAUAACCGCGUGCCCGUCGAGAAUGUUCGAUGGCUCGGCAAGACGAUGCGCAGAUGCGAGGUCCGCGUUCUCGAGGGCGAGGGCCACGGUCUCAUGGCCAGCGCGACGGUCAUGGGUUCCGUGUUGAUGGAGAUCUCCAAGGAAUGGGACGACUGGCUCAAAGCCACCGGCACGACUCGGAGGGAUAAUGAUAGGGAGCGCGGAAGGAGCUCAAGGGCUGGUGUCAGAUGA